AAAAAUCGCCAUGGAAAUCCUUUGAACAUGGCACGUGAGCGACACCUGCCGCCACCGUCAUCCUCCGCCUCCUCCUGCCUUGCCUUUUUCCAAGUCGGAGAGGAAGGCACCGAAGACUUCAGGAAUGAUCGCUUGCUGUUCCAGGUCUCUCGCGCUCUCUCGAUUGGAUCGCGCACUAAAGCUCACGAGCUCAUAUGUGGUAUCACGUCCUGUGAAUAUUUUUGAGUUUGCUUAUCACGGUGUGAGUUGCAACUGGACAAUGGACAAAAAGGAUUCACAGAGUUCUGUGGAGCAGAAAAAGAAGCUGAAAAAAAUUGACCUCGCAUGGAGACCAAUUUCUACUCAAGCUACUUGUUUUGAAGCUAAAGAUGCGACAAUCAAGUCGGAGGGUACUACUCAAGUUCAAGAAGUACAUGGGAGCAUAAUUGGCCCAGCUUCAAUUGCUGAGAAGGACGUAGCUGAAGCAGAAAUUGAUAUAACUAAAUCAGUUAUCAGCUCUAGCAUUCCAGGUGUUGGUGCAGAUACAGAGCCUGUCCUUUAUCCGGAAAAGCAUAGUAUUUCAGUUGAGGUAGGUUCUUCACUAAUGCAUUUCAUAAAAGGAAAAGGAGGAUUUACUCAGAAGAAGAUUGAGGAGGAGAUGAAAGUUGAUAUUAUAUUUCCUUCAUCAAGGAAGGAUGAUCACAUUGUUAUUGAAGGAGAUUCCAGAGAAGCUGUGAAUAGUGCAUUGGAGAAGAUUCAAACUAUAAUUGGUGAGGCAGUUGAAAGCCCAAGUCUCGAUUACUCUCAUUUUGUUUCACUUCCUUUGGCAAUACACCCUGGAUUGGUUGACAAGCUUUUCAGCUUUCAAAACUGCAUACUGGGUAUUAGCAAUUCUUCUGCUGAUGCGAUCGUAGAUAUGGAUUCAAAUGAAGACAACUCUGAAGGGGAAGACAGUGAGCAGGAGUCAAGGAAUGUUGCAGUCAAGCUUGAAGUUGCAGAUGGGAAGGAACAAGUUAAGGUCGACGUCACCAGCAUACCAAUUGUUAGUUACCCACCAAAAGCAACAUCAUCUUCCUCAUUAUCUGACUUCGGAAUUGACAAAUCCAUAUUUAUCAAGCCAAAAACAUUCCACUUAACUGUACUCAUGUUGAAGUUGUGGAACAAAGAUCGGGUUGCUGCAGCUGCUGAGGUUUUGCAGAAUAUCUCUUCAAAAGUCAGAGAUGCAUUGGAUAACCGUCCCAUCUUCAUAAGGCUUAAGGGACUGGACUGCAUGAGUGGUUCUGCGGCCAAAGCCUGUGUUCUUUAUGCUCCUCCGGAAGAGAUCGGCAAUGAGGGCAGACUUUUACGUGCCUGUCAAGUUAUUAUUGAUGCCUAUACUGAGGCAGGACUUGUGUUAGAGAAAGAUGCUAAACAAAAGUUAAAGUUGCACGCCACAGUCAUGAAUGCCAGGCACAGGAAAAGCUGCAAGAGGAGGACAAGAAAGGUGGAUUCAUUUGACGCAAGAGGGAUAUUCAAACAGUACGGAUCCGAGGAAUGGGGGGAUUAUCUCCUUCGUGAGGCUCAUCUUUCACAAAGGUUUGUGUUCGAUGAGAGCGGUUAUUAUCACUGUUGCGCUUCGAUUCCCUUCCCAGAAAGCAUGCAGCUGGACUGAUUCACUGUAUGACUGAUAUUUCAUUCCAUCAGUUGGAGAUGAGAAAUCUAAUGAUUCUUAGGUGGUUUAGCAUUCUCUUCUC